GAGUCGGUGCGACAGACCGUGACUUUCUGACCCCAUCACACACAUCUACUACUACAACUAUUACAUCUCAAACCAUCUCAAACUCCACAGCCAACCCACAAUGUGGCGCACAACCCUCAAAACCUCCCGCCCUCUCCUCCUCUCUCGGGGCAUAAAACCCCAAACCCACCUCCCUCUCCUCUACAAAACACCUUCCAAGCGAUCCCCCCACACCAGCCCCAGCCCCAACCCGGCCCCGACCCCGUCCUCCUCCUACCUCUCCAGCCACCACCGCAACCGCCACCCGGAAUCCGACCUGGACCGCCACCUCCUGCGGCCGGAGUCCUACGAGACCUCGAAGAGCGGCACCGACGACGCGGCCGCCCACCACCCGUGGUCGUUCGACCCGACCAUCACCGACCCGGCGCUGGAGGUGCUGGCCUCGGACGCCGAGUGCGCCCUCGACGACUACCGCGAGGACGACCCGCUGUACGUCAGCCCAGGCAACACGGAGGUUAGCCGAUUUUUGGACCCGAUGGCUGGCGGCGCGGCGCACAAUGCCAUCAAGCCGGGGUGUUCGGGGAUGGGGUGGACGCGGAAGGCGCAUGUGUUUCGGGUGCGGACGCAGCCUGGGGAGAGCGGGUGGGGGAAGGGGUUUGAGCGGUAUGAGCGGGUUUUGCGGGAGAUAAGGAGGAGGAAGGUUGCUGAGGGGGGAGCUGCGGAGAGUGGUGUUGAGGCUGGAAAGGAGGGGAAGAGGGGGAAGGGGUGAUCUUCGUGUCUGAGAGGGGGAUGGAGUUGGGUAGGAGAGAAAGGUACGGUGUGGUGUGGUGUGGUGGACGAUGGAGAUUCAGGGUAUAUAGGGCUGAUAGGGUUGGAUGGGAAAUUGUGUGCUUUACUAUGCUUGUCUUUGUGGUUGGGGCUAAAGUGGUUGGCGUUGUGUUUAUACUUGGUACAUAUGCUUGGAAUAUAUCGCUUUUUACACUAGUGUGGGCUAUUGCAGUGGCAUUGGUGU